AUGGCGUCGAUAUUCAGCGCAGGGCAGUCCAUCUCGAGCAUCGGCAAGUCCAUGACAGCUAUUGCUUGCGUGAAGGACCAUCUGGCUACUUUUAUGAAAAAGGUGAUUUACCAUGAGAAGUUCUUCCAGCGCAUGGGACCGAAUCUGCCCGUUUGCGUUGUCAACGCAGCGGCGCUGCUCUUCCAGCGCUGCUACGAGUACCGGGACGAGAUUCGCGAUGAAUUGGAGUCUAGUGUCGCCUAUGUCGCUGAUGCAGGUCGUUGGGUCGUGGGGAUGGGAGACUGGAACAGCAAGAUGGAGAAGCGGUUGAGCCAGAUCAGCGAGCUGGUGCUGCUUGCGAACACAUUGCUGGCAGAGUACGCGGUGACGGGGGAAGUGGGAGCAAAGGGCUGUCGCGAUGAGUUAGUCGCGUAUCUACAGCUUUUGACAGCAACUGUGACGUUGAAGAAUGCACAUGCAAACGUAGGCGAUGAGAAGUUGGUAGCAGCGAUGGACGGUCGGCUUCCACGUGCCGGCGCACAAUCGGUAACGGCGGCUGAAUUUAGCUCGGAGAUAUCGGCACUGGGAUCGGAGAUAUCUGGGGCCUUUUCGGAGAUGUUUGGCAUCAACGGCGUUGAAAAGCCGGUCGGGUCGGACAGGACCGGACAGACGUUCGCGCCUCACGCUUUUGACACUGAUGACGAUGCGAGGAACCCAUUUGCAGCUUCGUUUCAGCGUCCUUUUGACCCGAGCUGCAAUGGCACAGGCAGUGGGAAUGCGUCUGUCGCUAGCAGCAUUCAAAGCCGUUUCGACACUGCAUCAGCAGGCACAAGCGCAGCGCCAGAUUGUCCGCUUUCGGAUCGAGAUACCCUGGAGGGCCCAUUGAGUCCUGUGAGCAUGGGAGAGUACGAGUGUUUGGACCUGCGUGCUAUCCCCAAGUACGCUGCAUUCAAGUCUUCCGCUCAACGAGCUGCGCGACACAAGUAUGCAUACGGCAACGGAAGCUUUACAGCCGGCAUGACAAGUGAUGGAGAGCAGAGUAUGCACAGCGACUUGAGCACGGAGUACAACGAGUUGUUUCCGUCAGCACCAGUAUCGACGCAGGCCGUUUCCAGAAGCUUAAGCGUUGUAGACACGAAUGCCGACCUGAAGAAGAAGCGCAUGGAGAAGCCGAUGAUGGAUACGACUUACUCGUACGAUGUCCAGUGCGAGGUGGCGCACAAUCCAUUUCUUUCACCAAGUGCGCCGGGACCGAUAAUGCCACACCUUGAGAAGGAUUGCUCUCGUACGACACAGCACGAGUUGUCGUUGCAGGAGCAGCAACCGACUCAGUCGGCUGGCGCAACUUCGAAAACGAUGCCAGCAUUGUCACCGUUGGCACCGACAGUGGUGACAUCAGAAACAAACACUGGUCAAACGCACGUACCUGACCCGCUCAGUGCCGCCCCGAUGGCUUCUUCUGUCUUCAGAUCAGCUCCUGCACCACCGCCGAUGUUACAAGAAGCUGUCGAUCAAGUACCUGUAUGUACUGCAUCUCCAUGUGCACAGAACGGCAGCACGCAACGCUCGAGUCGAAAUAGCGUACAGGGUCUCGUACGAAACGUAGACGAAACAAACGCGCAGACGGCUGCUCCGACUGCUGAGCAUGAUCACGAGCACGAACUUUGCAGUAGUGACCAGGAGUGCGAUCUGUUUGGAAUAUAUCAAUCGUAA